CUGAUCAGUUUGGGAAUUUUCAAUAUAAAAAAAUCAAAAUAAACAUUUUUCACCUUAAUUCAUUUUGCCAAGAAGCAAGCUAGCAACAAAAUAUCGAUUGAUAAAACCAAAUAAUUUGCAACAACAAAUUGUGUUCGUCACCGAAAGCAAAGAAGCCAAUUGGAGCAUAAUGUCUUCAAGAGUUCUUAAGAAAUUGCAAGGUGGUGAUUUGGAAUUGCAACAAAAUGAGGAAGAGGAUGAUCAGCUAAGUGAUGAUGAGGAAGUGGAAACUCUGCGUGGCAAGAAAAAUAACUUUUUUGAUUUGCUGAAUCAACAAAGUCUCUCGGAAAGUGAAGUUAAAGAAGAUGACAAUGAAACUGAACAAGGUUCAGCGGCAACUAAUUUGCCACCUGGCCCCUCUGCCUCUAAGAAGAAAAAGAAGAAGCGCAAGAAGAAGUCCAAAUAUACGGGAAAUCAUAUAAGUAGUGAAGACAAUGAGAUCACCGAUAAGUUCAUCAGUGAUAUCGAUCCUUUACUUAACAAAGUAUGUGAUGCCACAACACAAAAUCCCAAAUUGACAACGCCACGUAUUGAAAUCGAUAAAUCCCUAUUUGCUGUUGAGCUAAAAAAUCUAAAUCCGCAAAAUGAAAUGCGUCGCACUUUCGGCAAAAGAGUUGUAAAAAUGGAGAAUAAACGUGGCCGUCAAAAGUUGACUUUAAAAUCGACAUAUAUGGUAACAGCUAAAGAAUCGUGGCCACCAAUAACAAAAAAUAGUAUUACAAUGAGACCAACACAAUCACCAGAUAAUGCGGGCACAAGCCAAUCCACCACUGGAUAUGGUAGUGGCAUUGAUAAAGUACAAUGGUUCUCUUUCGAGCACAGUCCAUACUAUCAGAGUGCACAAAAUCUAUUUUUAUCUGCUUUGGAAAGAACCGAUUCAGAUUUUUUGAUAAAUCUUAUAAGAAGAUGUCCCUAUCAUGUGGACUCACUAAUACAAUUAAGUGAAUUGUGCAAAAUGACCGAAGAUUUCUCUUUGGCCAGUGAACUGAUAGAAAGAGCAGUUUUGGUUUUAGAAUCUUCACUGCAUCCUAGCUUCAGCUUAACCAAUGGUAAUUGCCGUCUGGACUACAAACGUCAAGAGAAUCGUGCUAUGUUUGUGGUGCUUUUUAAGCAUGCUCAAUAUUUGGAGGCCCGAGCUUGUUGUCGUACAGCAUUUGAGAUUUCUAAAUUGAUUUUAAGUCUUAAUCCUGAUGUCGAUCCUUUGGCUAUGGUACUAAUUGUUGACUACUAUGCUUUGCGUAGUAAGCAGUACAAUUGGUUGGUGAAAUUCUAUGAGGAAUACGAUGCCAUACGUAAUUUAUCACAACUACCGAAUUUGGCAUAUUCUUAUGCCUUGGCUUUGUAUUGCCUACAGGGAGAAUGUGAAAAGGCGGAUAAUGCAUUGCAGUAUGCUUUGCUAAUGUUUCCGGGUGUUUUGAAACCCUUGUUAGAUGAAUUGUCGGUGCAAACAGAUAAACGUGUUUUGGGCUGUUCUUAUUUCAAUUCUGAAGUUUCGGGAAGUCAAUCUCCCGCUCUUCAUCAAUUGGUUUGUCUUUACAUAUGCCGGGCCAAGGUGGUGUGGCGCCAAAACAACCUGCUACCUUGGUUGGAGCGCAAUGUUAAUACAGCCCUGGAUCGCAUUGACAGCAAGGAUGAAGUUGUACAAGAAUAUAGCGCAAAGAGAUCUGCUCGUUAUGUUCAGCCACCCAGGCCCAUCUUAAGACAUGUCAUACUAUCAGAUUACAAAGAGAAAGUACCCUUGGCACCGUUUGUGGCCAAAGAAAAAGAGGCUAUUAUGAUGUAUGAUCCCUUGCCGCCAGCAGAUUCAGUAAAUUGCUAUGAAAGAAAAUCGUCAUCCAGUAGUCCAACUGCAGCCACCAAUCAUUCAGUCUCAAUGUUUAUCCAAUCGCUGUUGCCCUCAUUUAACCUUAAUAAUGCUGGCGGCGGCAAUGCCAAUGUAGAGCAGCAGCAACAAAAUGUCGUGGCUAAUGUUGAGCAAGCAGCGGCACGUGUUGCCCAGGCUGGUGGCGGCAAUAGAGUAAACGAUGAAGUGGCCGAAGUUGAUCGCCAUUUACAAGCUCUUAAUAUGAAUUUGGAAAAUGCCGCAGUAGAAGGUGCUGCUGAAGGUACCGAGGCAGGGGCUUCUUAUCGUGAAUUAACCCAGUCUCUAACAAACAUUGUCGAUGCUAUGCGUGAUUUUUUGCAAAAUUUCCGUGUGGCUUCUGAACACUUGCAACCUGGUGAAAAUGAAGAAAACGAUACAACCGAUGAGGAUACAACUGACUAUUUUGAUUAAAAACCAACAAGAUCUACAUAAGAAUAACUACACUUAAGAUAUUUUGCCCUAAACACAAAUUCUUAAAGAUAAGUAAUGGCUUUAAAUGUAUGUCCUUAAAACAAUUAUAUACAAAUCUUUAAAAAAGAUUUCGUAAUUAUUAUUGAACCGUGUAAACAAACGUAACCGUAUCCCAAUUUUUUAUAAGAACAAA